CUUCUUCUUCUUGCACGCAUCACCUUUCCCUCCCUACGCAGCCUCUCUUUCAGUUGCAACCACCUUGAUGAGUCCGUCUCGUGUCCGCGCCGCCGUGCUCUGCUCGGCCGUAGUGCUGCUAACUAUCUUCCUGCCCACCCACGCCCUCAACACCACCACGCCGUCCUCGCCGUCGGCAUGCGACCCGGUGGCGUGCGGCGGCCUGCGCAUCGCCUACCCGUUCUGGCUGGAGGGCACGCACCCGCCGGAAUGCGGCUACCGGGCCUUCCAGGUCACCUGCGACGCCAACAGCACGGUCGCCCUCAAGAACUCCUUCCUGGCCUACCAGAUCGUCAACAUCUCCUACGAGGCCAGCUCCUUCCAGAUCGCCAACGGCGAGCUCUCCGACGCCUCCGCCUGCGACGCUGACAGGCUCAGCGUCAACGUCUCCGCCGACCUCGGCCUCGCGCCCUUCGGCAUCAGCAAAGCCAACCGGGAGCUCUUCUUCAUGUACAACUGCACCCACACCCUCCGGCCGCCGCCGCCUGACUGGGCGCCCGUCAACUGCACGGGUGCGCCUCGAUCGUCCAGCGAGUCCGUGUUGAACCCGUUCGCCCGGCUUGCCGGCGGCUACAUGCCCGACGAAGCCUGGGCGCCAGUGCAAGGGAACUGCACGGUGUCCAUGAUGCCGGUGAUGGGGUACGCCGGCGCCGCCGGGAAGGACUACCGCCGGCUCAUGAAGGGCGGGUUCCUGCUGGAUUACACGGUGGGGGACUGCACGGCGUGCAAGCAGAGCGGCGGGCGAUGCCGGAUCAACACCACUUACGAUCUCUUCGAGUGCCACUGCGCCAACGGCGUCUCCGAACUCAUCGUCUGCGACGACGGUAACUAA